AUGCACUUCGAUGCAUCACCGCAGGACAACCUUCAUUCAGCUUUGACCGUUGCUCUCGCAGGUCUCUUAGUAGCGGCAUUAGGACACUUAUGGUCGAAAAUACAAAGUCGACUUUUCAAAGUCUUGUUUCCUUCAGCAUAUAUCUCUUCUUCUGAUCCAGCGUACGAAUGGAUUGAAGCCUACUUGGCUCAAGAUCACAAUGCUCAGAAACAACUCAGGUCAUUUCAAUUGAGUACAGCUGAUUUACGUCAAUCCAAGAUUGAUGAUGAUCUCCGUUCAUUAGCUCGAAGGCGAUCAAAAGCAGUUGAUAGAACUUUAGUGUUGGACAGGGCAUGUGCAACUUUUACAGGUCAAGUAGUUGGACAAAUGACGCCUCUAUGCAACAAGAGCAUCCGGAUCAGAUAUCAGGGGAAAUGCCUCUGGAUCACCAGGAAGAGGCAAUCGUCGAGUCAUAUAUCUACCAAAUCAGAACAAGACAAAGAGUAUUUCAAAAUCUCCGGAUCAUGGUUCCAAACUAGUGCAAUCAAAGAUAUCGUUAUCCAUUCGCAUGAUCAAUUCUUCAGUAGAACCAAGAACGAAUUAAAGGUACUCACAUUUUCCGGGAAAUGGGGUUUUUGGACAGAUCUCGUCACCAGACCAUCUAGAUCGAUUUCGUCUGUCUUUAUCCCUUCCAGAGUCAAAAACCUCCUUUUGAAGGAUAUAGAUGAUUUUAGAUCUCAAGACACCAAAGAUUGGUACCGAGCUAAAUGCAUAAAACAUACGAGGAGCUACCUUUUACAUGGACCUCCAGGAUCAGGUAAAACAUCUCUAGUGACUGCAAUAGCUUCUGAGCUGGGCCUUAGAAUAAACGUGAUAGAUCCGACUGCACCGGGGAUGGAUGAUAUCAAGCUGAGUAAUGCUUUUAGGGGUUGUCGACGUGGGCAGAUAAUCUUAAUAGAGAACAUUGAUGAGAUUCUACCAUAUUCACCCCUCAAUGAAAGGUCUCAGAAACCAGUAAAUGUACCUCCGACAGUGGCUGAUUCAUCCGACGUAUACGAGAUCCCCGAUGAAUCAACAUCGACAGUCAUUCUACAAGGGUUGUAUAUUGCGUUGGACGGUAUUUGCUGUGCUGAAGAUAUCGUGAUAUUUGCCACAGCGAACUGUGUUGAGGCACUUGAUCCUAAACUUCUUCGACCCGGAAGGUUCGACCUACUCAUUCCAUUCUCGAACGCGACUCCUGAGCAAGCUAAAGCAUUAUUUGUACACUUCUUUUCGGUGGAGGACGAACAGAAAAGCUACAUUCCGGAGAAUGAAGAAGCUGUAGCGGCUCAAUCAAGGCUUGAAAGAGGUAUGUUGAACGAUCUCGGUAACACCUUUGCGCAUAGGGUUCUUGGCCUGACUAUGGACGGAGAUGACAAAAUGCACAUGGAAAGAGAAAGAGAUAGCUCGGCGCUGUCAGUAUCCAUGGCUAGCAUUCAAGGCUAUCUGCUGAAUCAUAAAGGCAAUCCUGUAUCAGCGGUGGAGAUGGCGGCCAGAGUUGGUGAAGGACAUUGA